UCCCAGGCUCCGGGUCCCUCCCACCUCCGGCCCAGGGCCCUCCCAGGGCGGGUGUGACCUUUAGUCACCUGCAGAAAGCCAAGUCACUGUGCCUCCUGCUGUGACUCCGCCUGGCUGGACCUCUGAGCGAGGACCGCCUGUUCCACUCUGUCCAGACGCAUCCAGCUGCCCCUUGGGGAUGCUGGGCGCACCCCGGCUGGCCUCUUGCCUGCUCUGGGACUAGCCCUGGCCAGCGAGACCACUGAGGUUGCGAUAUCGGCCCUGCAGCUGCAGCAGGACAAGGAGGCCUGGUCGGGGAGUCUUGGAGAAGAUUCUGUGACCGCAGGCUCCUGCAGGGUGUGAGCGGCAGCCAUUCCAGCCAAGCCCUCUAGUCUCCAGGAGCCGCUUGGGGGGCUCCUGUCUGUUAACUGGCCGGUGGGGUCGGCAAGCGCCCCCUGGCUGGCAGAGUCAUGAAGAAGCCGUUCGUGGUGCUGGGCCUGCUGGCCGUGAUCCUCGUGUUGGUCAUCAUCAGCCUCGCCAUCUGGCUGCCCUCCACCUCCAGGCAGCCAGAGCAUGUCUACGCCAGGGCGGCCGUGGCCGCCGACGCCCCACGUUGCUCCGAGAUUGGGAGGGAUGCACUGCGGGACGGCGGCUCGGCAGUGGACGCGGCCAUCGCGGCCCUGCUGUGCAUGGGGCUCAUGAACCCCCACAGCAUGGGCAUCGGGGGCGGCCUGUUCUUCACCAUCUACAACAGCACCACGGGGAAGGCUGAGAUCAUCAACGCCCGUGAGGUGGCCCCGGCGCUGGCCUCUGCCAGCAUGUUCAACAACUCCAAGCAGUCCCAGGAGGGCGGGCUGUCGGUAGCAGUGCCCGGCGAGAUCCGCGGCUACGAGCUGGCGCACCAGCGGCACGGCCGGCUGCCCUGGGCUCGGCUCUUCCAGCCCAGCAUCCAGCUGGCUCGCUACGGCUUCCCGGUGGGCAAGGGGCUGGCGGCAGCGCUGAUCCGAAGCCAGGCCGUGGUCGAGGCGACACCUGCACUGUGCGAGGUGUUCUGCCGCAAUGGGAAGGUGCUCCAGCAAGGGGAGACCGUGAUCAUGGCGCGGCUGGCCGACACCUAUGAGACGCUGGCCCGCGAGGGCGCCCAGGCCUUCUACAACGGCAGCCUCACAGCCCAGAUCGUUAAAGACAUCCAGGAAGCUGGAGGCAUCCUCACAGCCGAGGACUUGAACAACUACCAGGCCGAGCUCAUUGAGAACCCGCUCAGCAUCCGCCUUGGCGACUCCGUGCUGUACAUGCCCAGCGCCCCGCUCAGCGGGCCCGUGCUGGCCCUCAUCCUCAACAUCCUCAAAGGGUACAACUUCUCCCCGGCGAGCGUGGGGACGCCCAAGCAGAAGGCACUGACGUACCACCGCAUCGUGGAGGCCUUCCGGUUCGCCUACGCCAAAAGGACCCUCCUCGGGGACCCCAAGUUUGUGGACGUGACCAAGGUGAUCUCCAACAUGAGCUCCGAGUUCUACGCCGCUCAGCUACGGGCCCAAAUCACCAACACCACUCACCAGACCGCCUACUACGAGCCGGAGUACUACACGCCCGAUGGCGGCGGCACCGCCCACCUGUCCGUGGUCGAUGAGGAAGGCAGUGCCGUGUCUGCCACCAGCACCAUUAACCUCUACUUCGGCUCCAAGAUCCUCUCGCGAGUCAGCGGGAUCCUCUUCAAUGACGAGAUGGACGACUUCAGCUCCCCCAACAUCACCAACCAGUUUGGGGUGUCACCCUCGCCGGCCAAUUUCAUCCGGCCAGGGAAGCAGCCGCUCUCGUCCAUGUGCCCCACGGUCGUUGUGGGCCCUGACGGUCAGGUGCAGAUGGUGGUGGGCGCCGCGGGGGGCACGCAGAUCACCACGGCCACCGCGCUGGCCAUCAUCCACAACCUGUGGUUUGGCUAUGACGUGAAGCGGGCCGUGGAGGAGCCCCGGCUACAUAAUCAGCUCCUACCCAACACCACGACGCUGGAGAAGGACUUUGAUCAGGCGGUGAUCACAGACCUGAAUGGCCGGGGCCACGAGACCCAGAUCACGUCCGGGUUCAUCGCUGUGGUGCAGGCCAUCGUGCGCACGGCCAGCGGCUGGGCAGCUGCUUCCGACUCCAGGAAAGGUGGAGAACCAGCCGGCUACUGAGUGCCCAGGGAGACCGGUGGCCCAGGGACCAGAUCCAUGCCAGGCCCAGGAGUGGGACUUUGGGGACAGUGCCUCUCCUGUGAGCAGCAGAACAAUGCAAUAAAUUGGGGGUGCUGUGCCAGGCUCUGGGUAGCCUCGCUGGCCCGACCCCCACUCUCUGGG